UGUCUGUGUGGUGGUUUGAGAAAGUGAAUGUUGGGGCAUUGGAGUACUCAGGGUUUUUUGUUUGCCAUGGAUAAAGGGUGGACACAGUUACCCUUGUUUGUAAUCUUCCUGCUCUUUUUGAGUAAUACUCAUGGAUUUAAAGGUGGGGCUCAUUCAGAUGCCCGCCACCGGUGGGGCCAAGCUUCAGACAGAACGUUCUCACCUCGUGCAGUCCAGUCUUCUGUGUCAGAGGUCCCUGUGACUGGGAUUUUGCCUGAAGAAGUGGGCUCUAGUUUAUUCGCUAACAGACCCCUGAAAAGGUUGAACUUACUCCAAUUUGUUAAAGGUGGUGUUUCCAGCAGGCAUGAAUCAAUGUCCCAUGCCCAGACAGCUCCAAGCAGCUCUGUUUUAGCUUCCUUGCCUCUACCCUUAAAUGAACGGCAUGCAGGCCGUUUGACAUCGCUCCAGGGUUCCUCUGGAUCAGCCGCUACAGAUACUACUAGUGUUUCUACACAAGGAGAAAGUAGCUUCCCUGCCACACUUGUCACUUCUGGCCUGUCCACCAGUGAUGAAAGCUCCCCUAGUUUGUACAUGUCCAGCUCCCUGGAAACCUCUGGUGCUAAAUCAGCAGAAGCCACUUUGCCUGUGUUCUCUCAGGAGAGUAUCUCUUACAGCAGUUCAUCUGCUCCAGGUGCCACGUACACUUCUCAAGGUAGCCCAGUGCUGGCUUCAGAAGGCUCUGGUCAAUCCAUCUCCCCUCAGGGUGAAAGCAGUUACAGUGGCUCGCCUCAGUCUCAAGGUGCCUCGAGUCAAUAUAACCCAGGCUCCUAUAACAUGCUCAGUUCUUCAUCUGUUUCUAGUCAGUCUACCAGUGACCAGAGUACCCCCGGUUUGUAUAGUUCUAGCUUUCAGGGAAGUUCGGGCAGUUUGUUGGAAGCUUCUGGCUCUUCUUUUCAAGGGGAAGUGGCAGGGCUUAGCUCUCAUGUUGACUUGUCUCCCCAAUCACAAGACAACUCCAGUCAGCUUCUACCCUCACAAAUGGAGGUCUCUAGCCAGUCUACUAAUGGUCAAAGCACUCCCAGCUUGUUUAUGCUUGGCUCUGAGAGCAGUUCAGAUUCACAGUCAACAGGUCCUGCUUCACCUCUAGACACUCAGGGUAGUCUCUCUCAAAGCAUUUCUAGCCAGUCCACAAGCGUUCAAAGUUCACCUAGUGUGUCUACAAGCACCCAGAGCAGGUCUGCCACUCAAUUAACUUCCAGUAAUUUUUUUCCUGUGCAGGGAGGUAGUAGUUCUACUUCUAGCUUCUAUCUGAAGCCUCAGGGCACUCUGGGUCUGUAUGCCCCUGCGUCCCGUACCAAAUAUGUGAGUUCCCCCAUGUCAUCACACCCAGCUGUUUAUAGCCAGUCAAAAAGUAGCUCUGGUCCUUGGUUUGGGGGCUCUACUGGCUUUGCCUCCCAUGGAAUAAGUAGCACUUACAGUGGUUCUGUCCAGCCUCAAGGUACCACAAGUCAGUUUGCCUCUGGGUCUCCAUCCUACUAUCCAAGUGUAUCACUAUCCUCGCCACAAGGGGCCUCCAGUCAGUCUGCUACAGUCCAAAGUUCACGGAAGCAGAUUGCCUCUAGCUAUGGCACCCAGUCAGGGUCCUCUAAGCCAUUCACUCUGCAGGGAAGCUCCACUUAUGGUGGGUCACUCCAGCCUCAAGGUACCUCAAAUCAGUUUGCCUCUGGGUCUCCAUCCUCCUAUCCAAGUGUAUCACUAUUCUCACCCCAAGGUGCCUCCAGUCAGUCUGCUACAGUCCAGAGUUCACGGAAGCAGAUUGCCUCUAGCUAUGGCACCCAGUCAGGGUCCUCUAAGCCAUUCACUCUGCAGGGAAGCUCCACUUAUGGUGGGUCACUCCAGCCUCAGGGUACCACAAGUCAGUUUGCCUCUGGGUCUCCAUCCUACUAUCCAAGUGUAUCACUAUUCUCACCCCAAGGUGCCUCCAGUCAGUCUGCUGCAGUCCAGAGUUCACAGAAGCAGUUUACCUCUACCUUCACAGGCAACUCUGGCACCCAGGAAGGACCCUCUGUUCCCUUCAAAUGGCAGGGAAGCACCACCUAUGGUGGAUCACUCCAGCCUCAAGAUACCACAAGUCAGUUUGCCUCUGGGUCUCCAUCCUCCUAUCCAAGUGUAUCACUAUUCUCACCCCAAGGUGCCUCCAGUCAGUCUGCUACAGUACAGAGUUCACGGAAGCAGUUCACCUCUAGCUAUGGCACCCAGUCAGGGUCCUCUAAGCCAUUCACCCUGCAGGGAAGCACCACUUAUGGUGGAUCACUCCAGCUUCAAGAUACCUCAAAUCAGUUUGCCUCUGGGUCUCCAUCCUCCUAUCCAAGUGUAUCACUAUUCUCACCCCAAGGUGCCUCCAGUCAGUCUGCUACAGUCCAGAGUUCACGGAAGCAGAUUGCCUCUAGCUAUGGCACCCAGUCAGGGUCCUCUAAGCCAUUCACCCUGCAGGGAAGCACCACCUAUGGUGGAUCACUCCAGCCUCAAGAUACCUCAAAUCAGUUUGCCUCUGGGUCUCCAUCCUCCUAUCCAAGUGUAUCACUAUUCUCACCCCAAGGUGCCUCCAGUCAGUCUGCUGCAGUCCAGAGUUCACAGAAGCAGUUUACCUCUACCUUCACAGGCAACUCUGGCACCCAGGAAGGACCCUCUGCUCCCUUCAAAUGGCAGGGAAGCACCACCUAUGGUGGAUCACUCCAGCCUCAAGAUACCACAAGUCAGUUCGCUUCUGGAUCUCCAUCCUACUAUCCAAGUGUAUCACUAUCCUCGCCACAAGGGGCCUCCAGUCAGUCUGCUACAGUCCAGAGUUCACGGAAGCAGAUUGCCUCUAGCUAUGGCACCCAGUCAGGGUCCUCUAAGCCAUUCACUCUGCAGGGAAGCUCCACUUAUGGUGGGUCACUCCAGCCUCAAGGUACCACAAGUCAGUUUGCCUCUGGGUCUCCAUCCUACUAUCCAAGUGUAUCACUAUUCUCACCCCAAGGUGCCUCCAGUCAGUCUGCUGCAGUACAGACUUCACAGAAGCAGUUUACCUCUACCUUCACAGUCAACUCUGGCACCCAGGAAGGACCCUCUGCUCCCUUCAAAUGGCAGGGAAGCACCACCUAUGGUGGAUCGCUCCAGCCUCAAGAUACCACAAGUCAGUUCGCCUCUGGAUCUCCAUCCUACUAUCCAAGUGUAUCACUAUCCUCGCCACAAGGGGCCUCCAGUCAGUCUGCUACAGUCCAGAGUUCACGGAAGCAGUUCACCUCUAGCUAUGGCACCCAGUCAGGGUCCUCUAAGCCAUUCACCCUUCAGGGAAGCACCACCUAUGGUGGAUCACUCCAGCCUCAAGAUACCACAAGUCAGUUUGCCUCUGGGUCUCCAUCCUCCUAUAAUGGUCAUUGUGUAUCGUUGUCCUCGCCCCAAGGUGUUGCCGACCAGUCCAGCCAAGCAUUUCAAAGCUUUUCUGGGUCCCAAAGCCAAAAGUCUCAAAGAUGGCAGCCUUCAUGAGGUAUUCAGACCUCAGGUGCAGCUGCAUCACAGGGCAGCUCUCUGUCUCAAAGCUCUCCAAUGCAGAGUUUGUUUCCUUCCCUGUCAUCAGCAGGAGGCUCAUCUUCAGGAGAUCCUGGACCGUUUGUUUCUGCACAGGGUGGUAGCAGCAGAUAUGGUGGCUUUUCUCUUCAUUCUC